GCCAUGGAGGUGCUGCCCGAGCUCUACACCAUCUUCCAGGGAGAGGUUGCUGCAGUGACAGAAUAUGGGGCCUUCAUCAAAAUCCCAGGCUGCAGGAAACAAGGCCUUGUCCACAGGACCCACAUGUCCUCCUGCCGUGUGGAUAAACCCUCGGAGAUAGUGGAUGUUGGAGACAAGGUGUGGGUGAAGCUGAUUGGGAAAGAGAUGAAGGAUGACAAGCUGAAGCUUUCCCUCUCCAUGAAGGUUGUUAACCAAGGCACAGGAAAAGACCUUGAUCCAAACAAUGUUUCCCUUGAUCAGGAUGAGAGGAAAAGACGCACGUUCAGAGACUACACAAGUCAGAAGAUCACCCUUGAAGCUGUCUUGAACACUGUGUGCAAGAAGUGUGGUUGCAAAGGUCAUUUUGCCAAGGAGUGUUUCGUGCAGCCUGGAGGUACCAAAUACAGCCUCAUUCCAGAAGAGGAAGAAGAGGAGGUGGCAGCAGCAGGACAUGAAAGACAGAAGAAGAGCAGCUUGGCCAAUGAGCCUUCAAAGAAAAGGAAAAAGGAGAAGAAGAAGAGGAAGAAGCACAAGCAUCAGCCCUCCUCCUCCUCCUCCUCAUCCUCUGAAGACAGCUCAGACUCGGACAGCGACGGGGCUCAGCCAGCCAGCAAGAAGAACAAGCACUCGGGGAAGGCCAGCAAGGCCCAGAAGAAGAAGAAGCAGCACAAGAAGCAUAAGAAGAAGCCCUGA